AUGGAAGAGAAGACGGCCUACCUGGUGGUGAUGGUGGUGCAGUUCAUUUACGCCGGAAUGUACGUGCUGACCAAGGCCGCCUUCAAUACGGGAGUGGACACCUUUGUCUUCGUCUUCUACAGGCAGGCUGCGGCCACUGUGUUCAUCGCACCAGCCGCCAUUAUUUCCGGGAGGUGACUCCGAUCAAGCCGCCUUCACCAUGAUGUCUAGAUCUUCUUGUUCUUCUCUUCCAGGAUGCUGAUGUGUUCGUUCGACUGCAGGAUAACAAAUCCUCCCCUCGGUUUCACCAUACUUUUAAAGAUCUUCUUGUUGGUUUCGAUUGGGUACAUCGAUCACCUGAACUCCGUCAUCCUCCCCAAGAUUAACCCUACUUUGUCUGAUAUCAUAACUUCUUCAGGAUCACCUUCAGCCUGAAUCUGUAUAGCGUUGCCCUAAGCUACACAUCAGCCACAGUGGCAUCUGCAGUCACCAAUUCCGUUCCGGUCAUCACCUUCUUCCUCGCAGUUGUGUUCAGGUAAGUCUUCUUUGUAUGAUGUUGGCUGAUCUACAGUUUUUCAUCUGAUACUAUGACCUGGUUUAGAAUCAAAAGCAUCAAUAAUAGCGCAAACCCUAACUUGACCCGCGAGAUUGCAGGAUGGAGAAGAUGGAGAUCAGGAGCCGCUCGGGCGUUGCCAAGUUCCUCGGGAUUACCCUCUGUCUGGGCGGCGUGAUGGCGAUCGCCUUCUACACCGGAACCUACCUACCCUCCCCGAUUCAUAGCCACCCACUCCGCCAUGGAAUAAGCGGCUCUUUUGCAGAGGUCGGAGGAGGCAACUCGAGGGGAGAGUGGGUCAAGGGCACCUUCCUAAUAAUCCUCUCCUGCGGAGCCUGGUCCCUGUGGCUGGUUCUUCAAGUGGGACUAUCCGUGAAAGGCCACCUUCCAACUCGGAGAUCACCGUAUCAUCGUGAACCUAACAUCUCCCGGUUUUGGGCAGGUGAAAGUCCUUCAAGAGUACCCCUCCAAGAUUCUGUUCACGGCCAUCCAGUGCCUCUUCAGCUCCCUCCAGUCCUUCCUCGUCGCCGUCUUCUUCCAGAGGGACCUCAACCGUUGGAAGCUCCGUUUUGACGUCGGGCUUCUCGCCGUCGCUUAUUCUGUGAGUACUAAAACUCCACAAAACAGCCUCUCUCUCUCUCUCUCUCUCUCUCUCUCUCUCUCUAGAAUAUGUGACUGCACCAUCACCUUUUCUUGUUGAUGGCAGGGAGUCGUGGUGACGGGCGUCUCGUUCUACCUGCAGACGUGGUGCAUAGAGAAGAGGGGGCCCGUCUUCCUGGCCGUGUUCACCCCUAUGGCGCUCCUCAUCACCGUCUUCGUCGAGUGGCUGGUUCUGGGCCAGCUCGUCGACUUGGGAAGGUAUUCUUCUCCGCCCGUGUCUUCCGAUAAAGCCACAUCGAAAGUAUCAUUAACCAUCCACCUGCAGUGUCUUAGGCGGCCUGCUCAUGGUCGGCGGCCUCUACAGCGUCCUAUGGGGCAAGCUGAGGGAGGAGCCGAAGGGAACGCCGCCCCCAGGAGGAGAACUCGUCGCCCUCGCCGUCCCUCCCUCGGUGACUCGGCCGGGUCCUCUGCCUCCCUCCUCCCUCCUCCACUUAGAGCCAUAG